AUGAAUUCUCGUUACACCGAUUUGUCCCUUUGCGCAUCUGGGAUCGGCUGUAGGGUUGUUCGUGGGCCGGAUUGGAAAUGGGGAAAUCAGGAUGGAGGUAAUGGUCACGUAGGCUCUCUCCGUCGUUUUGAGGCUCGCGGCGAGGCUGUAGUGCUGUGGGACUCAGGCAUAGUUGCCAACUACCGCUGCGGAGCACUGGGCUUUGAUCUACGCGUGCUUGACAGCUCACCAACUGGCAGGCGCCAUCUCGACACCAUCUGCGAGGGCUGUAACGAAUCACCCAUCUACGGCAUUCGAUGGAAGUGCAUGUUGUGUCUGAAUGUUGACUUAUGCUCGUCCUGUUACCACGGAGACAAGCACUGCUUGAGCCAUCCGUUUUUAAGAAUAACCACUCCUCACGGCGUCAGAGUUGCAGUGGGUCGUCGCUCAAAAGCCCAGAAGACAGAUGCCAUUGGUCUCUUUCCACGGGCGCGUGUUGUGCGCGGGUUUGAUUGGCGUUGGGGUACACAGGACUGUGCCGCUGUGGUUCCCGCGUCUACCGCCAACGGAGGUACCACUUUGUCUAACCCCCUGGCCCCAUUGCCACCAUCCUCCUCUCUUGGUGCUUGUGAAAACGCCACACCUUGUCAGGGCCGCAUUAUCGAUCGACGCGACUGGUUUCAGUGGGCACCCAAGUCUGCUGCAUCCGUCGCAUGGGACUCUGGCGCUUAUAACGUCUACCGUGUAGGCUAUAUGGGCAUGGUCGACCUCAAGGCAGUUCGACCCGCUAAAGGCGGUUCCUAUUACAGUGAACACCUGCCUCUCUUGGGUGACCUUCGUGAUCUGCCUCCUCCACCGGAAUUCGAAGCUUCGACUUCAACAGUCGUUCUGUCACCACCACCCCCACCACCGCCAAUCGAAAACAUCGUUUGGACGGCUAUGUCACGUGUUCGUGGGCACAUUCCGCCUGCCACAGCAACGUCUUCAGCAAUCGCCGAAGCAUACGAAGAGUCAACGAUUGUCGAUCCAGGCGAUCGCAUUCCCCUUACAGACGCCGAAUCCGGAUCUCGACCGAGCUCCUUGCCGGCGCAACGGCCUAGAGGCAGUGGUAGUGGUGGAACUGGAACGUCGCGGACGCUUUUUGCCGACCUCUUCUGCGCCGGCGGUUCCGCUCCCUCGGAGGAUGGCAGCGCAACCACCAUUGGUGGCAGUCCAACUGUCGUCACGGCUGGGCCUUCGUCUUCCGGGAGAGCCAGACAGGCAUCUCUGCCAGCAAUAUGUCGCUCAUCUGCUCUGCGACUGCGACCCGGUGCUGUGAUCCAGCUUCGUCUGCGCUCAAUGGUGAACGAAAACGCGCUGACUCCAGCAACGGCGUCGAGUUCUGAGUACCUUUCGCUGCCGAGUGUGGUGGAACGCGUGGAUGACACGACGGGUUCCGUGGUGCUGCUCAUCCCGCAGACAGGCCAGCGUUUCACCCUCACCAGCUCAAUGGCCUCCUACCACCAACACCACCAUCAGCAGCAACCUCAAAGAUCCGACGAGCGACUCCUGUCCAGGCACGCCUCAACCAGUUCCAAUCUGCUCACUCGCAUUCGCCGUCGUGACUCGUACGCUCGCGCCGCUGCUGCCAACGCCUCCGAGACCGUUGCCACGGAGAGCCAACAACCACCGCUACCGCCUGCACCACCACCACAACAAGCCUCCAGUACCCCCCAACCGUCGACUUCGCGCGAACAACCAAGUCAGCAGCAGGAACAGCACGAAACCUCGGUACCGAGAAGUCUGUUGAAACAAUCAAGCAAGCAGGUGGCCGAGGAGCUCAUGUUCGCCGCUGCCGAGGGCAACGUCAAAAAGAUUACCUGGCUCAUCAAACACCGGGAAAUCGAUGUGAAUACGCACUACGCCGGAGCCACAGCACUCCACGUGGCCUGCCAGUCGGGCCACCUGAGUUGCGUGGACGUGCUGCUGCAGCACGGCGCGGACUGCAGACAGCGCGACGCCGACGGCAACCAGGCGCUGCACUCGGCCGCCCAGGGCGGGGCGCUGUGCGUGCUGCGCAGGAUCGCCGCCACUCUCAACCUCGUCGACCGCGAGCCACAGUCGACGUCGUCGGCCUCAGGCGACCCUCCUCCCCAGCCCAUGCCGCCCGACGUCAACGCCAGAAACGCCCUCCGCCAAACCCCCCUCCACCUGGCCACCGUCGGACGCCACCUGGAGUGCGCCAGGUGCCUGCUAGAGGAGGUCAACGCCAUCCCCAGCCUCCAGUUCCUCUACCACCUCCUCUAA